GCUGCGAGACGUGGAGCGUUGAUUUCUCUCCAGAUGGAUCCUGGUUUGCAUGGUCCAUGGGACACGGGAUUGUGUGGGUGAUUGCCUGGCCGCUUCGGCAUGAUAAGGUCAAUAGGGUUGAGAUUGCCCUAGAGAGCAACAGACAGGACAAGACCCUGAACUGUGGUCAGACAGUGUGGGGGCUGGCGUUUGGACCACGUCCAUCAAAGACACCAGCACCUGGAGAAAAAGCAGCAUCCUGUGAGAGAGAAUCAUCCAGACUGCUUCUGGCAACUGGCUUAGAGAAUGGAGUGAUCAAGAUAUGGGAUGUUGAAACUGGUCAGCCUCGGUUUGACCUCAAAGGACAUGAGGGUAUUGCAAGGGACCUGGUCUUCACUCCCAACGAAAAGCUCACCCUUGUAUCAUCCUCUCGAGACAAAACCUUAAGGAUAUGGGAUCUAACCCAGAAAGGUGAAAAGGAGCCACAUGUCCUCUCUGGCCACAAGGACUGGGUCAGCUGCUGUAGUGUCUCACCAGACUGCAGCAUGAUCGCAUCGGUCGGCAGGUUUGACAGAAUGGUGUGUCUAUGGAGUCUGCGGUCAUACACCUUCAUCAGGAACUUAACGGGGAUCAACCACAAGACAUUCUACCUGUUAGCUUCCUGUGACUUCUCUCCCGAUGGGGCACUGCUCGCCACUGCAGCCUUCAGUGGUUCCAGUUGGUGGAUUGAUCUGUGGGAUCCCUACACUGCACAGAAAUUGUCUUCUCUAAUGGAUUGCUCUGAGAUGUAUGGACAGAACCAAAUCUCAUCAUUGAGAUUCUCCCCCGAGGGUUUGCAACUGGCCAUUGUUACUGAAGACAGAGCCCUCCAGAUGUGGGAGCCAGGACAGAGGGGUAUGGUGAUGCAGACCAAGGAGGACCGUACCUCCAAUGGGCUGUGCUGCAACUUCCAUCCACAAGGGGGAGUCGUAGCCACAGGGACCAGAGAUGGCCACGUGAGAUUUUGGAUGGUUCCCAGGUCAGUGCCCAGUCUGUGCCACCUGUGCCGCUCCGUCCUGCGCCACUCAGUCUCCACACACCAGGUGGAGGCCCUCCCCAUACCACGCAGGAUCCUGGAGUUCCUCACCUACAGAGACAUCCCGGACCACUCAGAAGCACGAUCUGACCGCUCCUCGGAUGAGGAGGAAUAAUGACUUUUGGAAUGGGUGGAGGGAAUGUUUCUGGACUCCAUUUGUAAUGCAUUUGAGUUGAUGGAAGUAUUGACUUGACUAAUAAUGGAACAGUCAAAGGAGGAGAGAUUAUUAUUUGCCUCGUUUACAAAUGCAUAAAAAGUUUGUGGGAAUGUUGUCUGACUGAAAUGAUGGGACUUUUUAGGACCUUGAGUGGAGUGGAUACUUUGUGGUUUAAACAAAAUCAGUCAUGUCUGAUCAGCUGUUUGUCCGAGGAAAUUCUCAGGAUGUCAAUGGAAAUUCACCUGGAUGCAAUUAGCUAGUGAUUAUACAGAUGAACUAAAAAAAAAAAUUGCACCAAAAAAAUGGAAGUUACUAGAUCUAUAUUUUGUGCUACGGAUAUAUUAUAGUAUGUAAAGUGACAUUUGUGUAAUUUUGCUGAGAGUAAAUAUACAUUUUGUAUUGUGUAAAUUGGUCUAUUAAAUCAUAAUUCCAUGACAGUCUAAAAAAUACACAAAUUACAAUUUUAUUAAACAGAAAUUCAACUUAAUGGACAUAAAGGAAUAUUGAGCAAA